UUAGCUCAGUUCUUGUUUGCAGCUCGCACGAGCACUUUACUAUAUUCUUACAUUGCGCCGCGUCCUUCGCGCUCAUAAUAUCACGCAUACGACGAUAAGAAAUACUCUUCCGGCGCCGUGUGCAGCGUGUGCGCGCCGGGAAGUAAACAAUAGAUUAGCAACGCGUAGAUCCGUGCAAAGUGAACGGAGAUUAAGUGAUAUUUUCAAGCGGCGCCAGUCACGGCGUCGCGACGAGGAGGCGUCGUCUCGACGAGGAAUCGUCCUCGAGAAACACGGGUGCAGUCGCCGUUACCGCGUAGGACAUCGGACCGCGCGAAAGACAGCUGUUUUGAAUGCGGCGAAACAUAACCUUGCCGCCACGCUGCACGACUAUGAAAUCGACUUAUUGCAGAAUCGUUUGAAUAGUGUCACGCAUAGUGGGUGAAGGCCGUCGAAAUCGUGACCGUUUCGGACACGCGUGACCGACCUGCGCUCAGUGUGACAGCACGUGGUUCACGGAGACGAAGGAAAAUGUGCGACAAGUAUGUUAUCGGUUACUGGGUGCCGGAGAGGAAGCGGCAGAAGUUCAACUGGAACGAUUUCGAGAAUGUGUGCGAGUCCGAAGGGUUUCAGUUGAAAAUGAUUGAUGUGAAUUCAAGCCUUGAAAAGCAGGGACCAUUACAUGUUUUUUUACACAAGUUGACGGAUACGCAGUCGCAUGCAGAAAGUGGCGAUAAAAAUGCUGAGGAUAUUGUUUCACGACUCCAAGAAUACAUUGCCAAACAUCCAGAUCUGAUUGUUAUUGAUCCUCUGGACAAUAUUAGGAAUUUACGCAAUCGAUGUAACUCUUAUGAAUUUAUACAGGAAGGUAUUCGGUUUAAAGAUAUAUUUACUCCUAACUUUGUAGAAAUCAAGAGCAGAAAUGUCCAUGAAGUAGCAUUAACGUUAAAAAAACGAGGUAUUAAGUACCCGUUUGUCUGCAAGCCGCUUAUUGCAUAUGGUUCAAGUGAUGCGCACAAGAUGAUGAUCAUCUUUAACGAAAGAGAUUUGAAAGACUGUCAACUACCAUGUGUCGCCCAGGACUUCAUCAAUCACAACGCUAUUUUAUAUAAGGUAUUCGUCGUGGGUGAUCACUUUCACGUGGUUGAGCGUCCCAGUUUGAAAAACUUUUACCAAGAAGACUGUAAUUUGUUGAAUACAAUAUUUUUCGAUUCGCAUGAUAUAUCAAAGAGUGGGAGUAGAUCGAAGUGGUCUAUAUUAUCCGAAGAAGACAUUCCUUUAACUGUCAAGCCGAAUAACGAAAUAUUCGAAACAAUUGUGAAAAAUAUACAAGAAAUAUUCGGACUUAUUCUAGUUGGAAUAGAUGUUGUAAUUGAAAAUCAUACCGGGAAGUAUGCGAUAAUAGAUGUCAAUGUGUUUCCCGGAUAUGACGGUUAUCCGAACUUUUUUGAACAUUUGAUAGAUAGUAUUAGGAAAUUGUUAGUUGAGCAAAGAGCUUGUAGGCAAAACUCCAAGGGUUGUACAUUGAAGAAGUGUCAAAGCGACGAUUUAGAUUCCGGUUUUGAAAGUGACGAGAAGAGGAAAUGUUCUACGAAAUAAAUAUGUAAUAUAUGAAUAAUAUUUUUUAAUUAAAUUUUUCGAAUUAGUUGCAUUAGUAUCUGAUGCAUUAUUAUUUUGUACUUAUUUACACAUUUUGCUAAUCGAACGAAUGGUUUUGCUUUUCUUCAACUUUCUGCAGUAUGAUUUUUGGGAUGGGUAUAAUAAUUUUGAUAUUGAGUUUUGUUACAACGUAUUAACGUUUGCUUUCAUAUUUUCCAGAGAUAUGAAUUUAUAUGCAUUUAAUUGUUUUAAUUAAAUUGUUUGGAAAAACUCGAGUUCCGUAUCCUGUAUUCUCCGAUAAAUCCCACAGUACAAUAUAAAUGACUAUGACUGCCAAAAAAGAUAUUUUUACGUGUACACGAUUUUACAUUUCUGCAUCGAUGUUGUGUAUGCCUGUGAAUUGUUGAAGAUAUUAAAUGUGUGUUAUGGAAAGUGUGCGCGCUGUACGGAAUAAAUAACGAGAUAAACAAUCGGAGUAGUCGCGAUGGUGGGUGAGAUACUUACGAUAUUUUCAAAUGAUCAAAUUGAUAGCUAUGCACUUUUUUUAUAUUUUUCCAAUGAGUAUUUGUUUUAUCAUUGGAAAAUAUUGCGGCGUCGUUUUCAUUGCUUCUGUCGCAAUUAUGCCGAUUGUUAUUUACUAAACACCUGAGAAACAUCAUAGUGAUAAAUAUGAUAACUGUAAUAUAAAUUCUGUAAUAUAAAUAUAUAUAUAAUUCAUUCAGUUACAUUGUAUAAUAUGGAAUCUGGUAUUGAUCGUUUACUUAUUUUUAUGUACAUAUAUUUUGUAUGAAUAAAUUGUACAGAAGUGGGGCAACAAUUA